UUUUUUAAAUGAUUGGUCAAUCAACUGCCGGGCUCUUGACGAAAGUUUGGCACAGCUAAGCACCACUGGGGCCUUCGUGGUUUAAUUGACGGACAAUUCAAUAAAAUGGGGUAUCUUUCCGUACCGAGGGUUCAGUAGGCACUUGUACAACCAACUAUGAGCAACCCCGAGAUCACCAACGGAACCAACAACGGAACCAACAACGGAACCACUAAUGGAACGGCCAACGAGGACGACGAGUUCCUCCGGGGCGUGUCCAAGCUUUGGGUCAACGUUAAUCAUAUUGCUCUGGUGGUGAGCGAUGUCGGCCUUAGUCUGGACUUUUACACCAACAUCAUUGGCAUGAAGCAGAUCCUGAGACCCAAUUUCGAUCGACAUGGGGCGUGGCUGACGGCGGGCAAUGUGGACAUUCACUUGAUCAAGGGCCGUCCAGCCGUUCACUCGGAUGACGAUCUGAUCGUGUCCCAUGUGGCCUUGGAUGCUUCCAAUAUGGAUGGGCUCCGGGCCAGAUUGACCAAGCUUGGCGCCAAAUCCCGCAAGAACAUCUCGGUGCCGAAUCCGCAAAACAACAACAAGGCCGUGGAUCAGGCGUUUGUCCGAGACCCAGAUGGUUAUUACAUCGAGUUUUGCAAUUGCGGCGCUCUGGACGAGUUUUUGCACCAAACCCCUGAGGGUGAGAAAGACUGGAACCUGACCAAGGCCAAUGCCGUGGCCUCGGCCUCCAAAGUGAUGAAGAAAAUGGCCAGCUCCUCGAAGAUCAAUCUCAAGUUCAGGAAGACCAGUGCCGUGUCUCAGACCGGAAGUGAUGGCGAGCAAAGUGACAGUGAUGAACAUUCCACCAAUGGAGACCAUGUCACCGUGGAUGAGAAGAAACUGGCCAAUCUCACUCAGCGCCGAAAAGUGUACGGAGACAUUACUCAAAACACGGUCAACGAAAAAGAGCUCGAGGAGUUGUUGGUCCGCUACAACAACCAUGUACCCAAAGUGAUUCGCCAUCUGGAGGAGCGCAUGUGGAGGAAAGGCACCCAAACUUACAUCCCGCCCGCGUUUUAUGAUCGGGAUGGGACUUUUUAUCAACCUCCCAGCUUUGAAAUGAAGAUCACCAAUCUGGACAACGGACCCGCUGACACAAUUGGCGAGGAAUGAAACCCCUGGAGACAAUUUUCAAACCUCUGAACCCACUUACAUGUAGAAGGGCAGCAAGAAAAUUUAUAAUCAUUGAUGUGUACAUGUUUAUGGUGGUGGACGAAAACACAUUUUCUUUUUCUCAAAAUUUUUGAAUACAAUUGUUUCCAAUGUUACUUAA